UAAACACUUCUUAUGGUAUCAACGCACUUAAUUCAUUCAUCAUAUUUCAGCGAAGCAGAUCAACAUGAAGUUUCAAUUGCUAAUUCUCUGUGCGUUAGUGGGCGCCAGUUUUGCCAACAAGGAAAAACAAGAGAAAAAUAUUCCGCUCCAUAUUCCGAGGCCAUCCCUGGAACACAUACAGAUUCCCUUCGUGAAACUGAACAUGGUCAAGGGUGGAGAGGUAAUCAAGCAUGUCCCACAGGAAGUGAUCGAAGAAGUCCCGAUCGAACACCACGUCAGCGUCAGCAAGCCAGUGGAAGUGGUCAAGCCCGUCCCGGUCACAAAGGAGGUAAUCGUCGAACGGCCGGUCGAGGUGAUCAAGGAGAUUCCGAUCGAGAAGGUGAUCAUCGAUAAGGUUGAGGUGCCGUACGAAGUGAUCAAGCACGUCGAAAAAGUGAAGCACAUUCCAAUCGAGAAGCAUGUGGAAGUGAUCAAGCAAGUGGAGGUGAUAAAACCCGUUCCCUACAAGAGGUACGUGUUCAACAAGGUGCCAUCGACGAUCAACUACCAGAUUCCCGAGUAUGUGAAGGUGCCGUACUCCAUUUCGGCGCAACCAUCGGGAAGCAUUGCGGACGCUUAUGAGAAGACUGACGAGCAGGGCGGUAAGGGAUGGGGCUUCCCCAGUCCGGUUGGUUUCGUCAAACGACUGAUACAUCAAUGAGCGAAUAUGGACUGAUUUGAAAUGAAGGCUAAUAAAAAUUAUUUAUUUGUAUAUUAUAAA